CUUCGUCCUCUUAGAUUACAGUGGUAGAAUUCUAAUUAGUUGAAGCUAUGUUCUCCGCCAGCGAAUUCAUGGCCUCGCCCUCCUCACUCUUCUCAGCCUAUGCCUCGUUCAUGGCAUCGAUGAUGCUCGCUCGCACCAUCCUAAAUGACCUUAUUCCCAAACCGAUCCGAGCAUACCUGGUCGCACUCUUUCGCCGCCUCUUCAAGGCCAAAACCAGCCAACUGACAUUAGUCAUCGAGGAGCAUGGUGGUGGCCUGUCCCGGAACCAGAUCUUUGAUGCUGCCGAGCUUUAUCUCAGCACAAAGAUCGGGCCUCACACGGACCGCCUUAAGAUUGACAAGUGCCCGGGCAAGAAAAGGAUAUCGAUCCGCCUCGAGAAGGACGAGAGGCUAACCGACUCCUACGACGGGAUCGAGCUGAAGUGGAAGUUCGUGUGCGUGGAGCAGGAGAGGAGUAACAAUAGGGACAGCUCUAGGACGGGCUCCGACACUCGGAGGUUUUUCGAGCUUAGCUUCGAUAAGAGGCACAAGGAGAAGAUAUUAAGCUCUUAUGUGCCUUACGUACUGGAUAAGGCAAAGGCAAUUAGGAAAACGGAUCGAGUCCUAAAAAUGUUUACGCUCGGGAAUAAUGGUCGCGGCGGCCCCUAUUACGGAGGCUCUAAUUGGGAGUCCAUUAACCUUGAGCACCCUUCAACCUUUGAGACCCUGGCUAUGGAGCCGGAGCAGAAGGAGGCAGUGAAGGAGGACUUGGUCCGGUUCUUGAACCGGAAAGAGUUCUACAAGCGGGUCGGACGGGCCUGGAAGCGUGGGUAUCUGUUGUACGGUCCGCCCGGGACUGGGAAAUCGAGCUUGGUGGCCGCCAUGGCGAACUACCUCAAGUUCGAUGUGUACGACCUCCAGCUCUCCAACAUCAUGAGCGACUCAGACCUGAGGAAGCUCUUGCUGGAUAUAGCGAACCGGUCCAUCCUCGUGAUCGAGGACAUUGAUUGCAGCAUCGACCUUCCAGAUCGCCUGCCCGCCAGUGAGGAAAAUGGCAAGAAUAUCACCAGGCCACAGUUGACACUCUCUGGACUCCUGAACUUCAUAGAUGGGCUGUGGUCGAGCUGCGGUGACGAAAGAAUAAUAAUAUUCACAACGAACCACGUGGAGAAGCUCGAUCCGGCCCUGCUUCGCCCCGGGCGAAUGGACAUGCGCAUCCAUAUGUCCUACUGCACGUUCCAUGGCUUCGUGCUUUUAGCCUCCAACUACCUUGGGAUCUCUGAGGCCAACCUGAGCCACCGCUACUGCCAUGUGCUCGAAGAGAUCAAGGGUCUAAUUGCGGAGACCAAGGUGACCCCGGCCGAAGUUGCGGAGGAGUUCAUGAAGAAUGAGGAUCCUGAAGUCGCCCUCGAUGGGAUUGCACAGCUCUUCAGGAAAAAGAAAAUGGAAGGUCAAGAUUUAAUUGGGGCCCAGGAAACGGAAAGGCAGACAAUUGAGGAGUAGCUAUAUAUGAUUGAGGUAUCUGAGGAAUAGAUCAUUUGAAGGAGAGGGAUUAAGUGCGUACUUGGCUUAGUAUGGUACGAUGAAAUGGAAAUAGAAGGGAAUCGUAUAUCCGCUACGUACAGUGAUUUGAUUCGAUACUCUCGUUACACAACAAAAGGGAGAGAAAGGAAUACUUUGUCCUUCCUCUCAUUAAAAGAUUGAAAAUCGCGUGUAACUUUGGGUUGCUGUGAUAUGCUAUCUCCUAUGAUAUAAAAUAUAUAUAUAUAUAUAUAUAUAUAUAUUAUUGAAUGGA